GUGAUAAUGCCUGUUUGUUACUUUAAUAUGUUUAUUACAGAUUUAAAAGAGAAAAAGAAAGAAAAAGGAAAAAAGAAAGAAAGAAAAAAAUAGUCUUCUUCACUAAUACUACAUUUGAUCGUGUAAAAAAACAAAAUGAACGAAACCUAACUGAACUUUUUGAGGAGAACCAGUUUUCAAAAUCAUUUCAAAUUACAGAAAGUAUAGUGCCAUGACAGAAUUUCUGUCAACAUGUAAAUCAUAAACCACGUUUCUCUCUGAACUUAUUGUUGGGGCGUGCUCUAAUAACCGGAUAUGACGUGACUGCGCACGAGGUCAACUUGUCCCCAGCUCUUGCGACCUGCAUUUCUUGUUAUGGCGACUCCCCCGAAGAGAAUGUGCUCCCGGCCUGACUUCAACAGCAGUUUUGAAAAGAGAGCUAAGAAGAUAUCCAUUGAAGGAAACAUUGCUGCAGGCAAGUCAACCUUUGUGCGCUUGUUGGAAAGAGAAUCGGAGGAAUGGGAAGUGAUCCCUGAGCCCAUUGGCAAGUGGUGCAAUGUUCAGACUACGGAGAACGAGUUUGAGGAGCUGACCACGUCCCAAAAGAGUGGAGGCAACCUGUUGCAGAUGUUGUAUGACAAGCCCAGCCGCUGGUCCUACACCUUCCAGACCUACGCUUGCCUAAGCCGUGUUCGUGCCCAGCUUCAGCCUGCCUCUGCCAAGCUGCAACAGGCUGAGCAUCCAGUCCAGUUCUAUGAGCGCUCGGUCUACAGUGACAGAUACGUUUUUGCUUCAAACCUAUUCGAGUCUGGAGACUUCACCGAGACUGAGUUUGCCAUCUACCAAGACUUUCAUAGCUGGCUUCACUCUCAGUUUGAGUCUGACCUUGAGCUUGAUGCCAUAAUCUAUUUGCGAGCCGAUCCUGAGAGGUGUAUGCAACGUCUUAAAUGCCGAGGUCGUGAGGAGGAGCUGGGAAUUCCUCUGGAGUACUUGGAGAAACUUCAUUAUAAACAUGAGUGUUGGCUCUAUAACAGAACUACACAGCUUGAUUUUGAGUACUUGAAGGAUCUCCCUGUUCUGGUGCUGGAUGUUAACGAUGACUUCAAGAAUGACAGAAUUAAGCAGCAGGAAGUGGUUGACAAGGUGAACGAAUUUCUGUCCACGCUCUAAUACAUAAUCAAGCACUCUCUGAAGAGUGUUUGUGUGUGGUUUUUAAAGCAGACUUUUAUUUUUUUUAAUUAUUAUUUUUCCAUAACUUUUUUUCAUUUCUAUACCUCAAAUAUAGAUGUAUUAAGUGUGAAAUGCAUUACAUCAAAAUCAACAAGCAGUUUUACAACGAAACAACUGCAGUGACCUCCAAUUGUGUUCAGGGCUAUGCCUGGGUAUGGAAUUGUCAUCAUGUAAUCCUUGUCAUCGUCACACAUUAUUUUAAUCUUUUUUAACUGUUUGAAACGAGGUUGAACUUGACUUUAAAUUGUAAAUAUGUAUUUAUAGUUGUCUUAUUAACACACAAAGCACUUGUUUUUUCUGUUUUAUGCUGUUGAGAUUUUUUUUCACAGUAUUUUACAAAAUAAAAUUGUCUUUAAUAUGCCUAAGUAAACUGCAAUAAAUGGUGUUGGUCUUUACUGUA